AUGGUGCACACCGCGCGCCUCCCACCCCCCACCCCAAUCCCCUUCUGUUUUAUACGCGUGUGCAGCUCUGUCCAGGCCAUCAUCGCCACCGCUACGCCCAAGGUCCUCGGCGACUACGUCGUCUUCAUUGCAGGCUACCAGGACGCCGCCAACUCCUCGCUCGGCGUCGGCCUGCUGACCCUCCAGUUCGCGCCCGGGCAGCCCGCCUCGCAGCCGCCCGCGGUGCUCGUGCAGGGCGUCGCCGCGUCGCGGCCGGCGUACUACACUAACACGUUCGGCGCGACGUUUGCACUGCAGCUGCUGCCGGGGGCGACGGCGGUGAUGCUGGUGACCAACGGGAGCGCAUACGGGACGGCCCUGCAGGCGUCCGUCUGGGACGUGACCUCGGGCUCGACGGCGCCCCGCAGCGUUGUGGCGAACGACGGCUUCCAGGGCAGCGCGCCCUCCAUAUCUGAGGCGCCCUCCCCCCGCAUCCAGAUCCUCACCAACAAGUCCACCAUCCGCACGUUCAGCGUCACGCCCGCCGGCGACACCGCCCUCCUGAGCGACACUGCGAUCUCUGAUCUUGACCAGAAGUCAACCCUGCUGUCUUUCGGCACCAGCGUGGUCCUGGCGCCCGCGCCGUCGCGGCGGCAGAUGCUGCUCAUCAUCAGCACCACGAUCCCCGCCUACGCCAAGGCCGCGCCCAAUGGCGCGGGCGUGCUCGCCGCGUACCCAAUGGGCCCAGACGGCGGCGUCGCGCCGCCGCCGGCCGGCGGGGGCAACGCGGCGGGCGCUUUCUGCGUGCUGGCGCCCUUUGCGGCGUAUGCCAGCCCGGGCGCCGCGUAUCGCCUGCAGGGGGGCAGCCUGACGGUGCAAUUCUCUCAGGAGCUGAACGCGACAAACGCCACAAUAGCGGGGUUCACCCUGCGGCAGUGA